AUGGUUGGUGAUCGGGUUUUUCUUAAGGUUUCACCCAUGAAGGGUGUGAUGCGGUGUGGAAAGAACGGAAAUUUGAGUCCUCGUUACAUCGGCCCUUUUGAGAUUAUUCAGAGAGUUGGAGAUGUUACUUAUGAGUUAGCAUUACCACCUGGUUUGUCGAGUGUUCAUUCGGUGUUCCAUGUUUCUAUGCUCAAAAAGUACGUUUCGGAUGGUUCUCAUGUGAUUAGAUGGGAUUCAGUGAUGCUUGAUCAGAACCUGUCUUAUAAGGAGGAGUCGGUUGCUAUCUUGGACCGGCAAAUUCGUAAGUUGAGAUCCAAGGAAAUUACUUAUGUGAAGGUUCAGUGGAGAGGUCGUCCGGUGGAGGAGGCGACUUGGGAGACCGAGUUGGAUACGAGGGCAAGGUAUCCUCAGCUUUUUUAUGCCCCAGAUUUAGUCCCCAGUACUAGCAGAGCUCGUGACUAUCAGGCUUCCCGUUAG